AUGGCUUCCAGCAAGACCCAACAUAAACCCACCGUGCUAAUCACCGGCUGUUCGCAACACAGCCUAGGCUACGCAUUAGCAGUGGCCUUCCACGAUGCUGGAUUCCGCGUCUUCGCCACCGCAAGGAAUCCCGCACGAAUGGGUGGAUUGACAGACACUCGGCCGGACAUUGUAUGUUUGACGAUGGAUGUGUGUGUCGAAACGUCGAUCCUGGAAUGUGUUGCGAAAGUAAGAGAGAUGACGAGAUCGUCACACCAAGGAGGUGUCGAUGCCGACCACGUUGAAGGAGGAGAAGAAGGAGAAGAAGGAGAAGAAGAAGGGAGAUUGAACUGUCUAGUGAACAAUGCUGGCGGAGGCUACAACAUGCCCGUCUCCGACAUUUCCAUCCCAGAAGCCAAAGCCCUCUUCGACCUCAACGUAUGGUCCUACAUCAGCGUCACGCAAGCUUUCCUCCCUCUACUCCUUAACGCGGCGAAGGUACAAGGAAAGACAAUUUCUCCUAGCUCCAGCUCCGGCUCAAACGUUAGGCCACCUCCCAGUCUCAUCAUCAACAACACAUCAGUUUCCAGCGUCGAACCCACCCCUUACAAUUCGGCCUACCACGCCUCCAAAGCCGCCGCCGCAAUGUUCAGCACGCACAUGCGCAUCGAACUGGGCCCGUUCAACGUGCGCGUUGUAGACCUCAAGACCGGAUGCGUGCACUCGCACUUCCACGCAAACCAUCAAGACGGCCAGGCCAGUUUACCCCCGGGAUCGAUCUACGCGCCUGUCAGGCUGCAGACGGAGAAGGCGAUGCGCAAUGCUUUCCCGCGCCGCGAGGAUCCGGCGAAAUGGGCCCGCGAUGUCGUGGCGGAUCUGGUGUCCGGGUCCAGGUGGGAUGCUCCGCCGAAAGAGGUCUGGAGGGGCACCGGGGCGUGGAGGACCUGGUUCGCCAAUACCUUCUUUCCGGUCGGGUGGUGGGAUCAAAGUUGGAGGAGGGCGGUUGGGUUGGAUCGGAUCGGAUCGGUUUGA